AUGCAUGGAAUUUGCUACAAGCCACGCGCAAGGAUCGACUUUCGUGGUUCUUUGGACGCAGACUGGGCCGGCGACCUUACUGAUCGCAAGUCAACGUCUGGCUACGUCUUCAUGCUAUUGGGUGCUCCAGUGAGUUGGGUCAGCAAGAAGCAGCCAAGUGUGUCACUGUCUACAAGUGAAGCGGAGUACAUUGCGCUAAGUCUGGCGAUUCAAGAAGACAAGUGGAUCCACCGCUUACUGUGCGAGAUCAUGGCAGAUGAUAAUGAGGACGGACCCGAUCUCAUGGUCCGAGAAGAAAACCAGUCCUGCAUCAAAAUGACCAAGAAUCCGGUCAACCACGGCCGCGCCAAACACAGUGAUAUCAAAUACCAUCACAUUCGCGAUGAAGUCAAGCGCGGUGAAGUGAAGCUUGAAUAA